AUGUCCACAAACAAAUCCCCGGUCUGGCUCAUUACCGGUUGCUCAACUGGUCUCGGCGCCGCCCUCUGCACUCUCGUAGCCAAAUCACCAAACCACCGCCUCAUAGCCACAGCCCGCAACCCAUCUUCUCUCACCUACCUCCCCUCAAACUCGUCUGAUAUCCUCACACUCGCCCUCGACGUAACAUCGCCAUCCAGCAUCAGCAACGUCUUCUCAACGGCCAUCUCCCACUUCGGCCGCAUCGACUACGUCGUCAACAACGCCGGGUACGGGAUCUUCACCGAGGCGGAAGGGACAAAGGAGGAAGAAGCGAGAAGUAUGUUCGAAACUAAUUUCUGGGGAAGUGCCAAUGUGGCUCUGGAGGCCGUGAGGACGUUUAGGGAUAAUAAUAUCGGUGAUGGAGGGAUGUUGGUGCAGGUCAGUUCAAUGUUGGGACGUAUUGCUAGCGGUGGGCAGACAUAUUAUAGCGCGAGCAAGUUCGCAAUCGAAGGUUUCAUCGAGGCUAUUUCCAAAGAACUCCAUCCAAACUGGAACGUCAAGAUCCUGAUCGCCGAACCUGGCGCCAUCAAAUCCACAGCCUUCAACAUCAAUAUUCUCGCUGAACGCGAGAUACACCCGGCUUACAGCGAUUCUGAGUGUCCGACGAAUAAGACUCGACAAUGGCUUGCCAAACCUGACUUGGAGGAGGGUUUUACACCAGCGGAUGAGAUGGCGAGGACGUUGUUCGAGGCUGUAGAAAAGCAAGAUCUGCCUUUGAGGCUUCCCCUUGGUCAAGAUUCUUGGCAAACUAUCUACAAAGACGUAUCAGAAGGAGUACAAGCAUUGAAACAGUGCCGUAACUUGAGCGAACAGCCGUCAAAAGCAAGCGGAGGAGCCAAGCAAUAA